AUCACCUUAGGUUCAUUACUAUUACUAAUAGCUAUCUUUGCUCUCUACCGUUUAUAUACUUAUGAUAAAGUAGAAAAAGAACAUCAAGCAAAGAUCAAAAAGUUUUUGGAAGAUUACAGAAAUUUUAAACCCAUAAGAUAUUCGUAUGUCGACAUUAAAAGGAUUACAAAUCAAUUUUAUGAGAAGUUAGGCGAAGAAGCAUAUAGAACAGUAUUCAAAGCAAAACUUUCCCAUGACAUUCAUAUUGCAGUAAAGAUCCUCAACACUUCCAAGGGAAAUGGGGAAGAAUUUAUAAACGUAGUUGGAACAAUGGGUACAAUCCACCAUGUGAACGUGGUUCGUUUGGUUGGCUUCUGUGCUAAUGUAUUUAGACGACCUCUAGUUUAUGAGUUUUUACCACAUGAUUCAUUAAAGAAGUUUUGUCGUUACAAGUUUAUAUCUUCAACGGCCGCCAAGAACCUUAUCCUUAAUUUGGAUAAGCUGCAAGAUAUUUCUCUUGGCGUAGCAAAGGGAAUUGAAUAUUUUCACCAAAGAUGUGACCAACGAAUCCUUCAUUUUGAUAUUAAACCUCACAAUGUUUUCCUAGACCAAAACUUCAAUCCAAAAAUUUCUGAUUUUGGUCUUGCCAAGUUGUGUGCAAAGGAUCAAAGUGCAGUGUCCAUGACCACGGCUAGGGGGACUAUGGGUUACAUUGCACCCGAAGUGUUCUCUAAAAAUUUUGGGAAUGUGUCUUCUAAAGCAUAUGUUUAUAGCUUUGGAAUACUGUUAUUUGAAAUAGUCGGAGGGAGGAAAAAUGUUGACGUUACAAUUGAAAAUACUAGCCAAGUCUACUUUCCAGAAUGGAUCUACAAUGUCUUGGAACAAAAAGAAGAUAUACGAAUCUUUGUUGAGGAUGAUGGAGAUGCUAAAAUUGCAAAGAAGCUUGCAACUGUAGGACUCUGGUGCAUCUAAUGGCACCCUGUGGAUUGUCCUUCCAUGAAAGAUGUGGUUAAAAUGUUG